UACCUAUGCUUGAAAACCAAUUUUAAAAUUGAUUUUUAGUUAAAAAUUGUAUUUUGUAAUAAAGCACGGUGGCGUGUAAACCACUCCCUAUGUGGCUUGAGCCCGAACUCUUUACAAAUUACACAAAAAGUAACUAGUUAGGAUUGUUGUAAAUAAAAUAGGUCAUCCACAAUGCAACACUGUGAAGUUUUCUGACUCAACGUAAACAAAGAACAGCUGUAGGCGAAAAAAUGCAGUUCUAAACAUGCCUAAAGAGUGUAUUUUCAAGUUUUUUUUUUUAAAUUUAAUUGUGAAAGAUAUUACGGUUGCUGGAUCUAUGGUACAAUUAACAUAAGUACCUAAAAAGUGUUGCCCCACAACUCAAUAGAUGCAUCUACUUAAACUGUAAGAAGCAUAGAAAAAUCGUUUACUUAUAUUGUAGCAAAACAAUGCCAACAUCAAUGCAAUUAUAUCGCUACAGUUUUACCGCAGGCGCCUUUGCUGCUGGCGGUAGUUUUUUUGGACGCGCGCCAAGUCAAUUAUCAGAGCUGCCGGUAUUGACAAGUGCAUUUGCGCCAACAGCUGCGGCCACAUACUAUUUAGAAUUGCUUUUUUUGCGUGCACUGCCCAUUUUCUUGAUGGUGAUUUGUAAUGUGCUGAACUGGCGUUAUUUUCUCAAAGCUUUGCAGUGUGCCGAGCAUACAUUGACCGCAACGGUGCUUACUGCUGCUACUAAUUAUAUGAUAUCGUUUAUAUUAGGUGCACUCGUUUAUAGAGAAGAGAUUACACUGUUGUCAACGAUUGGUGCCAUAUUUAUUAUAGUCGGCCUUUGGUUUCUAUGUAAAGCACAAGAGGAGCAAGCAUUAAGUGCAAAACCUAAAAAGCUACAUUAACUAUAAAUCAUUUUUGAAAGAAGUGGAAUAAAAAUUUUUGGCUUUUGUAAUAAGUAUUAAGGAUAACCCUAAGAUCUGAGGCGUUACAUUUGAUAGCCUGUGUUGCUUCACUUCGCAUUAUGACCGCCAUUAUUGCCAAA